GCUGCUCUGGAGAGUUUCCAACGUGUUCUGGACCUGGAGAACGGUGAGAAGGGUGAGUGGGGGUUCAAGGCCUUGAAGCAGAUGAUCAAGAUAAACUUCAGGUUGGAUAACUAUGAUGAAAUGAUGAGAAGAUAUAAACAACUCCUCACAUACAUCAAGACUGCAGUAACUAGGAAUCAUUCUGAGAAAUCCAUCAACUCCAUCCUUGAUUAUAUUUCUACAAGUCGUCAGAUGGAACUGUUGCAGAAUUUUUAUGAAACAACACUAGAUGCUCUCAGAGAUGCCAAGAAUGAGAGACUGUGGUUUAAAACAAUGACUAAGCUUGGAAAACUAUAUUUUGAUCGGGAAGAAUUCAACAGACUUGCAAGAGUUUUAAAGCAGCUGAGACAAAGUUGCCAAACCGACGAGGGAGAAGAUGAUCUUAAAAAAGGGACCCAGUUGCUUGAAGUGUAUGCGCUUGAAAUCCAGAUGUACACCGCGCAGAAGAACAACAAGAAGCUGAAGGCCCUCUACGAUCAGUCUCUACACAUCAAGUCCGCUAUCCCUCACCCUCUCAUCCUCGGCGUGAUCAGGGAGUGUGGAGGGAAGAUGCAUCUAAGGGAGGGGGAGUUCGAGAAGGCUCACACAGACUUCUUCGAGGCCUUCAAGAACUACGACGAGAGUGGUUCCCCCCGGCGCACCACUUGCCUCAAGUACCUUGUCCUCGCUAACAUGCUCAUGAAGUCAGGGAUCAAUCCCUUCGAUUCGCAGGAAGCUAAACCGUACAAGAACGACCCUGAGAUAUUAGCAAUGACUAACCUUGUGACCGCCUACCAGAACAAUGAUAUUAAUGAGUUCGAGAAGAUCUUGAAACAGAACAGACAAACCAUCAUGGAGGAUACAUUCAUCAGAGAGCAUAUUGAAGACCUACUUAAAAAUAUUAGAACCCAGGUUUUGAUAAAGUUGAUCCGACCAUACACAAGGAUACAGAUUGGUUUCAUCUCCGGAGAAUUAAACAUUGAACCUGGAGAUGUGGAGAACCUACUUGUAUCCUGUAUCCUAGACUCAACUAUCAGUGGAAGAAUAGAUCAGGUGCGCGGAGUGCUUGAAUUGGACCGCGCCCCUGAAGGAACUGCUCGCUACGCGGCAUUGGAUAAAUGGACUGUACAGUUGAAUAAUCUCCAGAAGCUGGUUAUCAACAAGAUGCUCUGAGAGUACCAAGUAAUUAGUACAACUCAAAGACAAUCGUAUGUACAGUGUACACAGUACAGGAGUACAAGCGUUAAGCCGCUAAUCCGAGUCAAACGUCAAUAGCUAUCUCUGUUAAAAUAUAAAUUGAAAUUAACUAA